UUUGUGUCAAUUCAAAAAUCCAUUUGAUAGUAAAACACAGAACCUUUGCUUGCUUUCCUUGUGCAGGUUUGUUAAUUGUAAAGGGAGAGAGGGAGGGAGGAGCGGGACUAGCUUCCCUCUUUCAUGCUUGCCUCAUCAUGGCUUCUUUCUCCUUUAGCAUCACUGCAUCAUUUGUGCCACUAAAGCUCCUUCCCUUGUGACCAAUUUCUUGAUGCCUCCCAGCUCCCAAAUGGCAAUACAACUCACACUCAUACUCAUUUCAUGUAGCCUUUACAGUAUGUAUUCUUCUUCUUUCACGGCAUCCUCAUCGCUCGCAUUGCUGGUUCUUGUCAUCUCCACCUGCCUCUCCUUGCUCUUCUCCAACCUCAGACAGCUGCUCAAAGCCAACACCCACAAAGGUCAGACUCCCCCUUCCAUGGAGGAGGCUGUGCAUCAGGAGAAGAACAUUGUGCCACAACAUGAGGUGCCUGAUGAUGGGCCAGAGGAUUUGACGGGAAGCUUAUCGGAUUCUUCAGAUUGCACUGUGAACGACGAAGAGCGCACCGAGGAGGGCUCGAUGUCAGACGACGUCGAUGACGACGAUGAGAGUCUCAUUGAGAUCUCUCUUGUUGAUGGGCACUAUGCGGGCGUGGGGCAAGGUGAGAAAUAUGCAUUCAAGGAGAAGGACCUCCUCACUGAAUUCUUGCCUGAUUUGGUGCUUGACAAGAGAGACUUCAUCGACAUCUUGUCGGAGAUCAGCGAGGAGGACAGCCUGAUUGAGAUUGACAUUGCAAGAGGCUCCAUCAAGUGCUCGAACUUCGGUAUCAAGGCGUGAACUUACCAAAGGUUUGGAGAAGCUGAAAUCGUCCUCGGCAUUGCUUCAUAGCUUUGAUCAGGGAAAGGUAGUAGGUUGUACUUGGCCUACAUGUAAUGCUUUAAGGUGUUUGUUCACAAGAACUUAUAAUUUUCUUUUGUGAUUCUUGGGUGAAAGCCUUGUUGCAUCUUUUGAUUGCGCUUUAAUU